UCCGGGGAGAGCGGAUAUAGUGAAUGCGGGGUCCGGGGGAGAGCGGAUAUAGUGAAUGCGGGGUCCGGGGAGAGCGGAUAUAGUGAAUGCGGGGUCCGGGGGAGAGCGGAUAUAGUGAAUGCGGGGUCCGGGGAGAGCGGAUAUAGUGAAUGCGGGGUCCGGGGAGAGCGGAUAUAGUGAAUGCGGGGUCCGGGGAGAGCGGAUAUAGUGAAUGCGGGGUCCGGGGAGAGCGGAUAUAGUGAAUGCAGGGUCCAGGGAGAGCGGAUAUAGUGAAUGCAGGGUCCAGGGAGAGCGGAUAUAGUGAAUGCAGGGUUCUGGGAGAGCGGAUAUAGUGAAUGCGGGGUCCGGGGAGAGCGGAUAUAGUGAAUGCGGGGUCCGGGGGG